CUGCCAUGUGUCACCGCCCGGCGUGGAGGCUGCGGACAUGGCUGCGCUGGCUCGGAGUGUCCUGGUGACAGGGUCCAACCGCGGCAUCGGACUGGAGCUUGUGCGGCAGCUCGCCGCCAGCCCCCAGCCCCCCCAGCAUAUUUUUGCCACCUGCCGCGACCCCAAGGGUCCAAGAGGGAAGGCCCUGCAAGAAUUAGCUGCCCAACACGCCAGCAUCAAACUGGUCCAGCUAGACACAGUGAAUUUGCCCAGCAUCCAAGGGGCCAUGCAGGCUGUGGGGUCUCAUCUGAAGGACCAGGGCUUGAACCUGCUCAUCAACAACGCAGGCAUCAGCUCCCACGCCACACUGCACUCCCUGGACUCGCAGGAGAUGCUCGACGUGUUUGCCACCAACGUGGUUGGGCCACUCCAGGUUGUCAAGGAAUUUCUGCCACUCCUGGAGCAGGCGGCGAAGGGCGUGGGGAAGGAGGGUCUGAGCUGCAGCAGGGCUGCUGUCAUCAACGUCUCCAGCAAACUGGGCUCCAUUGGGCUGUGCCUCGGGCUGCCAGAGGCCCCCAUGUACCCGUACCGGGCCAGCAAGGCUGCCCAGAACAUGGUGACGAGGUGCUUGGCUGUGGAGCUUCAGGACAAGGGGAUCUUGUGUGUGGCCAUCCAUCCUGGCUGGGUGAAGACUGACAUGGGCACAGAGAAGGCACCGCUGACAGUGGAGCACAGCGUGAGGGGCAUCCUGACCGUGCUGGCCAGCCUCUCACAGGACACCUCUGGAGCCUUCCUCGACUGGGAAGGGAACAGCAUGCCCUGGUGAUGGACAGAUGGACGGCGCCUCUUGCCCAUGCUGCAGCCUCUGCUCGUUGGCUCACCACUCUGCAUGGUCACCCCACUCACCCUCAGCCCUUCCCACACUGCCGGAGAGAGGGAAUUGCCUUGGGAAAUAGCCUCUCUCUCCUUCCCUACCCCAUAUGUGCCCCUGUGGUCCCCCUGUGCCCCCAUCUCUGUAAACUCUGGCAGCUGAUGCCUCUCUGCUCCAUCUCCACACCCAGUCUCAAACCUCCCAUCCAAGCCUGGGGCAGGAUCGCUGUGCUCUGCCCGAGUGCUGUGUGUCCCUCUGUCCCACCUGUGACCAGCCAUCCCCCAGCUGAGGGGAGAGGGCAGCUGAUCCCUGUGACCCCCAGCCCCUCGGACAGCCCAGCCUGGGCAGGGGAAAGCCAGUCCUGCAGGGGCUCGGAAGAUCCCUCUCCUCUCAGCAGAGGAGCCCUGCUCCAGCUUCUCCUCUGCCUCCUGGAGGGGAGGUCUCCAGAGGGCAGCCACGGUGCCAUGGGACCUGCAGGUUGUCACUCAUGGGGAUGCCAGUGACAGCCGUGG